AUGGAGACCAAUUUUGCUGAGAUUGAGCAUAGAGCCAUCGAGUACCUAAACCACAAACAAUGGAGCAACGCGUUCUUCUGUUUUGACCAGCUAUUAGAUAACGCAGUAGCCAAAAGUCUUCCAGCAGAACGUUUCGUUGGUUACCUAUUGGGUCGAUCCCAAUGCAGUUUGGAACUGAAAAAAUACGAUGAUGUCAUCCAUGAUUGUCGACACAUUAUAUCUAUGCUAAAAGACGACGAAAAUGCAUACAGCUCACGUGUACGCCGGAACCUUGUCAAUGCACUGUCUGCAUUGAAACGAUUUGGAGAAGCAGAACAAGCUGCCUUAGAAUGGGUGGUGAGAUCAGAUAACAGCAACGAGGCAAAAAAAAUGUUGGACACUGUACGCUUAGUUUGGAGUAUGUCAAAAGAAGACAUUCCUACACCUGUGCUAUCAUUGGAAGAUCAGUUAAACCAAAUUAAUGAGGAUCUGCUAUUUGGAGACAGACUUGAUUCGUGGAUUGCCACAGGGGUUAGAGAACAAAAUAGAAGGAAUAGAAAACAUCCAGUUGAACUUGUUGAUGAUGAAAAAGUGGGUGGUCAACUAUAUGAAUCUUCUGGUAGUGAAAAUAAUGGUAUUCAAAAUGUUGAAAGAAGCAGUAAAUUCUUUGAACAAUUUAACGGAACUGGUAAGCUAACCAUUACAACAUAUGGUUUCUGUUUUACAACUAUUUCAGACAUUAUGUUUUGUUUAGGACAAGAAAAUUCUAAUACAGCAAAACAUAAUGGUGAGUCAUAUGAUUUAAGAACUAAUUAUCAAUCAAAAGCCACUGAAGUUUUCCAAGAACCUAGUAAGUUAUUUAUUGACUAAAAAAUUUAAUUUAGUAUUUUUCUAUAUAGAAAAUUAUUGAUAUUAUAUUGAAAGUUAAAGGCACUGAUCAAGCCAUUGCUAAGGUAAAACAACUUAUUUAAAAAUCUUUAGAUAAUAGUAAAAAAAUGUGCUAUUAUCUAUUUAGACCUACCAAAAGCAUUUGACAUUGAUCGUAGUAUACAACUAUAUAAGUUAAAAGAAUUAGAAUUACAUGAUAAAGCUUUAUAGUUCUCAUCAUAAUUACAUAAUAGAAAACAAUGCGUUAAAAUACAUGUGUUUUAUUAGUUUUUUUAUGUCUAGUAAAAUGUGGUAUAUAACAAGGAACAGUUAUCGUUCCCAUUGUUUUCAACAUAUAACUAAGUGGUAUUCACUUAUUUCCUUUAAAGAACCGAUUAAUUUGUUAUGUCAUGUUCAGGUGACUAAUUAGAUAAGAUAUUUAAUAUAAUAAGAAUAGAUUUAAAAUUAAUUAAAAAUUAUUUGUUUAAAUAAAACAUGUGUUGUUCCUCAUGCCUUAAUAGAUAUUGAAUUACCUACAGAAACAAACAAAAAUAAAAACUCACAAUGAUUACUGCAACUGUUGUUGCAAAGCAAUAAGUGUAGAACAUAAUUUUAAAUAUUUAAGUAUUGAAAUGAAUAGUAAUAUGAGAUGGAAGAACUAAAUUGAUCUAUUAAUAAAGAAACUUGUAAAUAUAUAUAUAUAUAAACAGUGUGUUUCACUCAAAUGGUAACACAAAAUAUUUCUAACCAGUGACCUUGGUUUGUAAUGGGGUUUUCAAGAGAAGAUAGGGAAUAUUGAAAUACACAUUUUGUAUGGAUUUUCCAAUUUCUUAUACUUUCAGUGUGCUUAUGCACAAUAAAACUUGAAUUUUUGAAAUGGAAACAUCUGUUUCCAACACUUAAUUUAGAUAAACCAUGAUUUUUCGAAGAACUUGAAUAAAUAAACAUUUCUCUUAUCUUGAAAAUUGGCCGAAAUACAUAUCUCAAAUUUUCAAUUUAAAUUAUUGAUUUUUUUAAAAAUAAUCCUAUGGUUUUUAAAUUCCCAUGUAGUUAUAUGUAAUUUAUUAGGUUUUACUGUCAUAAUUUCAUAUUUUUAAAAGAUUAUUUGUAAUAGUUUACAUACCUGGUGCCCAUUUGUUGGUAAAUUUUCUCUAAAAUAUGAAGUACCUAUUUUAUUGUAAACAUUAAUUGGUCAUUAAAUGAGCUUUAUCGGUUGGCCAAUGGAUAAAACUUUUAUCAUACGCAGAUAUUUUAAAUUAUUCUUUUAUUCCACUAAACGUUAUAACAUUUAUAACAGCGAUUCAAUCAUUCAAACCAAGAAUUUUAAUUGGAUCAUAACAUUCAUUUUUGUGUUCAUAUUUUUUUAUCGUUGAGAUUCAUAUAAUACAAAAAUGGCUAGCCACAGUGAAAAAUUGGAUAUAGUUUUAAUUUUUAAUGAUGACUGAUGAGUAGUUUUGUAAUAAAUUAUUUAAAAUAAAAUNAAUUUUCGAGAUAAGGAAAAAGUUUAUUUAUAUGUUGCUUAAAAAAAAUGGUUUAUUCAAAUCCAGUAUUGGGAAUAGGUGUUUUCAUUUAAAAAAACAAAAGUUUUAUUGCGCAUGUGCACACUGGAAGGGUAAGAAAUUUUAAAAUCCAUACAAAAUGUGUAUUUCAGUACUUCCUAUCUUAUCUUGAAAACCUCAUUUCAAUCCUAGGUCACUGGACAGAAAUAUUUUGUGUUACCAUUUUAGUGAAACACAUUGUAUAUGUCACAUCCAAUUGAUGAAAUUGUCCAUUUCAUGAAAAGUUAUUCAGCCCAUGAAAUGGAAACCAUUUUUUUCCACUUAAUGAAAUUUGUAUUUAUUUCAUUAAGUGGAUAUCUUUUCACAAAAUGUAUACUAAAAUUUCAUAUUUUUUAUUAUUUUUUACUUCAUCAACUUUAAUAAAAUUUAAUGUGGCCAGUUGCAAAUUUCCAGAUCCAAACCAUCCUAUUAAUAGUCCUUGCUGGGUUCCUAUAUGAAUUAUAUUAUUUCUUUGAUUUACAAUAACACCAAUUACGUUUACAGGAUCGGAAGGUCCUCUGUCUGCUUCUGGUACUAGAAUAAUGGCAGUCAUUAAUUUUGUAUUCCGGAAUUUCAGCUUUCCUAUUCUAUAUAAAUAAUUAAAUGAAGACAUUUGUUAUUUGAUAUUUAUAAUAACUUAAGUAUUUAAAUUUUUAAAUCUAAUCUGUAACAUUUUUUAUCGCUACUUUCCUUUGUCCUACGUGAGAUUCUUGACGUUGUUUUUCAGUUUCUUCAAAUUUUUACAUAAAUCGCAAAUUAUGGCUUCUGCAGAAUCAAUUUCAACAACUAUUUCUUUUUUAAUAUAAAUUGAACAGAUUGAAUUUAAUUAAUUAAUCUGUUGUAGUAUUUUGUUGGUAUAUUUCUUCAAGCUUUUCUUCAGUAAUCAAUUUUUUAAUUAAAUUUAAUUGCAAAUUUGAAGAAGCCAGACCAAUUAUUGGUUCAAUAAUCAUUUCCAAAAAGAGUUGUUAUUAGUGUUAUUGUAAAUCAAAGAAAUAAUAUAAUUUGUAUAGGAACCCAGCAAGGACUAUUAAAAGGAUGGUUUGGACCUGGAAAUUUGCAACUGGCCACAUUAAAGUUUAUUAAAGUUGAUGAAGUAAAAAAUAACAAAGAAAUAACAUUUCGUGAAACAGUUGCUGUUUUAUCAGAAGGACAAGAGUAUUUAAGCUGUUAGUGUAAAAAAAAAAGUAAUUCUAACCCUUGCGCAUGUUUAAAAGCUAAACUAAAAUAUAAUAUGUCAAGACUGCAACUCAUUGUUUAAAUUAAUUAAUUAAAAUUAAAAUUAAAUAAAUCAAACCAAUGACAAUAUAAUAUGAAUUAAAUAUAUAUUAUAUUUUGUUUCACCAAGUGAAUCGUCAUUUGAUGAAAAAAAUUACACAAUAUGAAAUUUUAGUAUACAUUUUGUGAAAAGAUAUCCACUUAAUGAAAUAAAUACAAAUUUCAUUAAGUGGAAAAAGAUGGUUUCCAUUUCAUGAGCUGAAUAACUUUUCAUGAAAUGGACAAUUUCAUCAAUUGGAUGUGACAUAUACAGUGUGUUUCACUAAAAUGGUAACACAAAAUAUUUCUGUCCAGUGACCUAGGAUUGAAAUGAGGUUUUCAAGAUAAGAUAGGAAGUACUGAAAUACACAUUUUGUAUGGAUUUUAAAAUUUCUUACCCUUCCAGUGUGCACAUGCGCAAUAAAACUUUUGUUUUUUUAAAUGAAAACACCUAUUCCCAAUACUGGAUUUGAAUAAACCAUUUUUUUUAAGCAACAUAUAAAUAAACUUUUUCCUUAUCUCGAAAAUUGGCCGAAAUAAUACAGCUAGUUAAAAUUGAAACUAAAUUAUUUUAUUAUUAUUAAAUUUAUUUUAUUUUAAAUAAUUUAUUACAAAACUACUCAUCAGUCAUCAUUAAAAAUUAAAACUAUAUCCAAUUUUUCACUGUGGCUAGCCAUUUUUGUAUUAUAUGAAUCUCAACGAUAGAAAAAUAUGAACACAAAAAUGAAUGUUAUGAUCCAAUUAAAAUUCUUGGUUUGAAUGAUUGAAUCGCUGUUAUAAAUGUUAUAACGUUUAGUGGAAUAAAAGAAUAAUUUAAAAUAUCUGCGUAUGAUAAAAGUUUUAAAAUUUGUAUUUAUUUCACUAAGUGGAGAUAAAUAGUUUCCAUUUCAUGAAUUGGAUAACUUACCAUGAAAUGGACCAUUUCAUCAAAUGUGUGCAAAAUAUAUAUAUAUAUUAGUUCUAAAAUUACCUAAACUAUAUAAAUUUAUUUAGCAUUGGUAAAACCAAAAACGAAUCAUGGUAUAAUAGGUUGGGGUGAUGUAUUCAAUAGUUGAUAUAUUAAAUCAAACAGUUACUGAAAUUAUUAUAUAGAAUACACCUGAUAAAAAAUAAAAAAGCCUUACAAAUUUUACUUUAUUUAACAAUCAAUUUAUAUUAGGUACUUGUAUAUAUAAAUAUGAGUAGGUAGAAAAUUAAAGUUUAAUUUUUUAAGAGUAAAACAAUAUUAAUACAUGUCUUGAUAAAUUUAAAGGUAUAAAAAUUUAAAAUUUAUUAUUAUUAUUAUUUUUCUAAGACAAAUCUAUUUUGCAUUUGUAUUAAUUAAAAUAUAAUACAAAUUCGUUAAAUAUUUGUAGUUUACUUAAUUAAAUCAUUUAACACAAAAUAUGAUUUUUAGAAAAAGACAAGCAGACAGAAUUGAAAUUUCCAAAAAAAAAUGAAAUGAGAUAUUCUUGUACAUAUUGUGGUAUAUCAUUUCAUUUAGAAAAUCAACUAAGAGCACACUGUGCUACUGAAAAUCAUCAAACAGUAAUUAUGUCUGAUGAAGGUCGGGAUUGGAAAUGGCGACCUCCUCCACGAGGGUUUUCUUCUGAAUGCUAUACGUAUGGAAAUUUACUUAAAAACUUUUUAUUUAUUUUAUUAUCAAUGUUUUUUUUUUUUUUUUUUUUAGUUUGUGUGAAGCUUUUUCAGAAGGAGAAGGAACAGAAAAUGCAUGCAAGUAUGGUGCCCAGUGUGUUGAAGCACAUGGUGUAGAAGAAUUGACAGAAUGGAAAGAAAGAUUUGAGUACAGGCGAAUGAAAUUACAACGUGCAAGUGAAAAUAAACUUUAUGGAAAAUCAUAUACUGAGCAGCUAUUAGAAAGGUAUAAUGUUAAUAAAAUAUAUAAUUUUAACAAUUUGUAUUUGAAUUUAUAUUAUUUUAAUAAUUUUGUAGAUGGGUUCAGUCAACUAAUCCAGAAAAAAUCAUGCGUGAAACUUUAGACUGUGUUGUUGAAUCUCAUGAUUGUGAUUUAGUAACUACUGUUGAAUCCAAAACUAGCAAUCGUGAAUGGACAUUUGUUUUAGAAACAACUUCUUCACUUCAAGCAGUAGCUUUACUACAAGAUACCUAUCGUAACCAUUUUUCUUUAAAACAUAUUUUGGUUGAUAGUGGCUUACAACAAGUUGCUUUUGAUUUGGAACCACCUAAUGAUCAAGAAUGGGUGUCCCAAGCACAACACCCAGUCUCUCAGUCUGUGUCUUCCAAAUUACGACAUCAAAUUCAAGUUUAUUUCACAACAAAUAUUUAUGGAACCUUUAGACAGGCAGUAGUAUUUGAUUUUGGUAUAGGUCCAGUUUUAGUUAAGCAUCUUUGUGUAGAUGUUAUACCUGUAACAGAUUGUGAUAAAGUCAAAGAGAUUCAUCGAGAGUUGAUAUUGUCAUCAAUGGAACGAUGGAACCUAACAAAUUCAAAUAUAGUAGAGUUUCAAUCUUCAAUUGGUCCUCCUCUAGUUCAAGAUGAUAGAGAGAGAGAACAAAAUUUAUUAUUAAAUUAUCCAGCUCCUUGUCCUUCCACCUUUUCUCUGACUCACACUACUAUUUCGGAAAAAAAACUUACAAGGAAUAAUUACAGAGCAAGAAUUCAUGAGUUAUUAUAUGUUGAAGAACUAGCACGUUAUGAACAAGUAUUUAAUUUAUAUUUUUAUUUAACUUUAAUUUAUAAAUAAUAAUUUACCAUCCUUUUUAGGUGGCUAGAUAUAAUUUAUCUGCAAAAUUACAAUUGGCUAGCUGCUAUCUAUUAUCACCUAGUGGUGUUGCAGCUAGUACUGCAAAGUAUGCUCAUAACAAUGAAUUGUUUGCAAUGUUACAACUUGGAACAGAUGUAUCAGAAGAUACUUCUGCAGGGAGAUUAAUUUUAAAUAAUUGUACUACUGUUUAUCUUUGUCCAUCUAAAGGUAAUUACUUUAAAUUUGUAUAGUAUUAUGAUGAUUAUUAUUUAUAUGAAACUUAUUAUUUUAGACUUCAAGUCAUCUGAUGGAAAGCGAACUGUUCAUGAAGCACAAAUUGAAGAUAAAGGCAAAAACGUUAUCUAUCUCAGAUUAUCUGCAAAUACUGUUACAGGGCUCGGUCUUAAAGCAGAAUCAAAUAUUAAGUUUGAUGUACAAUUUCAAUUAAAUCGAAUACCAUACUGUGAAUGGCAUUAUGCUAUUGAUCAUAUAGCUGACUUUAAAAUAAUCUUCCCUGAUACAUUUUUGGAACCAAUUAUACCCUGGAGUCCAAAACGACAAUGGGUUGACAUUAUUGAUAAAAAAUUAAAUAUCAAGCAAAGAGAAGCUGUUAUUGCAAUUACGACUCCAACAAAUAUAAGCCUACCUCCAAUACUAAUUAUUGGUUUGUACAAAACGCAAAUUUUGUAUAAAAGAAAAACUUAUUAUGUACUCUUUAUUUUGUUUAGGUCCAUUUGGUACAGGCAAAACAUAUACAUUAGCUCAAGCAAUUAAACAGACAUUAUUACAAGAUAAUACAAGAAUCUUAGUAUGUACACAUUCUAAUAGUGCUGCAGAUUUAUAUAUAAAAGAUUAUUUACAUCCAUAUGUCGAAGAAGGACAUAUUGAAGCAAAACCAUUAAGGAUAUACUAUCACAAACGUUGGGUUUCUACUGUUCAUAGUACUGUUCAAAAAGUAAUAAAUUCAAAGAAAAAUAUGCUUGAAUAAAUAUAAUUUCAAAACAAUUAUUAAAAUAUAAAAUAAUUUAAAUUCAUUGGAAUUUUAAGAAAACUGAUAGAUAUUCAAUAAAUGAAUAAAUGAAUGAAAUAAUUUGCAUUCUGUUUAUACUAGAACAUUGUAAUAAUUUUAAAAUUUAUAUUUCAUUUUCUAACACAACAGAACUAAAAUUAUCAAAAUAUAAAUAUACCUUUUUUAUUUCAUUAAAGCCUGUCCAUAAAUUACUUUUAUACGUUUUUUGAUUUGAAAUUUAAUAAAAUGUGCUUGUUUUUUGUUACAUAUUAUAGUACUGUAUUUUGGAUCAAAAUGGUUCAUUUAGAUUACCAACACUUAAAGAAAUUCUAAAUUAUCGAGUGAUAGUAGUGACUUUAAGUAUUUCUAUGUUUUUAUCAUCUGUUGGUUUAAAAAAAGGUAAUUUUUUGCAGUAUAUUUAAUUGAAAGGUUAUUAAACAACUUUAUUUUUAAAGGUCAUUUUACACAUAUUCUUUUGGAUGAAGCUGCACAGGCUAUGGAAUGUGAAGCAAUUAUGCCACUCGCCCUUGCUAGUACUGAUACACGAAUUGUUUUGGCUGGAGACCAUAUGCAGGUAACUAAACAAUAUUUUUAUUAGAAAUAGUUAAUGUAACCAUUUAUUCAACAUUUCAGUUAAGUCCAGAAAUUUUUUCAAAAUUUGCAAAAGAAAGAAAUCUACAUGUAUCAUUACUUGAACGACUUUAUGACCACUAUCCUGGACAAUUUGCCUGUAAAAUAUUAUUGUGUGAAAAUUACAGAGCACAUGAAGCUAUAAUACAUGUAUGUUUUACAAUAUGAAGAUUAUGCAUACAUAUUCUAGUAAUAUUUUAUUUAUUUUUCUAGUUUACCUCUGAAUUAUUUUAUGAACAAAAACUGGUAAGCAAAGGCAAUCAACCACAGCAUGACAGUUUAUACCCUUUGACUUUUUUUACAACUCGUGGUGAAGAUAUUCAAGAUAGUAAUUCAACAGCUUUUUAUAAUAAUGCAGAAGUUUAUGAAGUUGUUGAACGGGUAUCUGAGUUAAGAAAAAAUUGGCCUAUAGCAUGGGGAGCAUUUGACGAACAUUCCAUUGGUAUAAUGACACCUUAUUCAGAUCAAGUUUUUAGGAUAAGAUCAGAGCUCCGGAAACGGCGUAUGGGUGGCAUAUCUGUUGAGAGAGUUCUCAAUGUACAAGGUAACCUAUAUGAUAAUGUAUAAAGAGGGUAAACCAAAAUUUUAAUUUUUUUUUUUUUUUGAGGCCUUAUUUAGUUAAUUUGUACAGGUGUACCAAUACCAUAAAAUCUUAUUUCAUGAAAAAAAAAAAAUUUCCACUUUACUAGCUGUAAUUUUAAGUGUAAGACACAAUUUAUUUGUAUUAAUAUUUUUUAUCGUUUAAAUUAAGGCUGUACAAAAAAUUGCAUGUGUUGCAAUCAACAUAUUGUAACAAGAACGAAUAAAUAAAGUCAUAUAAUUAAUAAGAAGAGAAUCAAUAUUGACAGUUAUUAUCCGCAAAACAUACAAAUUUACAUAAUGUUGAUAAUCACAUAGAACAUCAAUUGAAAAUAUUUUUAUUGAUUGAACAAAAUGUCUAUAUAAUCAUUAAAUUUGUGGAAAAAAAAGCUGAUACUGGGGAAGGGUGUGCCAUUGUUUUAAAUGGCUAGUUGGGAAGGUAGGAUAAAUAAAAUGAUUUAAUUAAUAUCUAUAAGCAAAAAAAAAAAAAAAAUAAUAAUAUUGGUCUACCCUAGUGAUGAGUUUAUAAAUUAUUAGAAUUAGGAUAACUAAUCAUGUUUGUUAUGUUUAGGCAAACAGUUUAGAGCAAUAUUUUUAAGCACUGUACGUACUAGACGUACUUGUUUAUCCAAUAAUACAGGAGGUGGUGAAAAAGCCAACAGUGGUGUAAACAAACUUGGCAUGGACGAUAUGGAUUAUGGUUUUUUAUCUAAUUCAAAGUUACUGAAUACUGCCAUUACUCGUGCACAGAGUCUUGUGGCAGUAGUUGGAGAUCCAGUAGCACUUUGUUCUAUUGGACGAUGUAGAAAAGUUUGGGAACGAUUCAUUCAAAUCUGCGAUGAAAACCAUAGUCUUAAUGGCAUCACAUGGAUACAUUUACGAAAUCUAUUAGACAACCUUGAACUGAAGAAAACUUAUGUUUUGAAUCCUUUGGCUCCAGAAUUUGUUCCCAGGCGUUAUCAGCAAGAGUCGUACAUCAAAAUUCCACAAUCUUUAGCAACUUUUAAUGCAGCUAUACCGCCACCUCCAAUAAGGUUUUCUCAACCACCUCCUUUAUUUUCCUCUCCUUUAUUUCCAUUCCCACUGUAUAUUUCUCAACCUCCUCCUCCUCCUGCCUUCAUCUCUCUACGGCAACCAAUUAUAAAUCCUUCUCAAAUGUGGCCAAUUGGACCACUAACAACUACUGCACCAAAUUUAUUUCCAAGGCCUCUACUUCAACCACCAAUACAAAAACCAAAUGAAGAGGAAAUAAGACCACCACCUGGUUUGGUGCCUCCUCGUAAUCCAGGGCUAGUACAUUUGGUUCAAAAUGGGCAUACUGACAUUCAAUUUAUGCAAAAUGCUUCUGGUGUAACACCCGUAAACUUACCUUCUCCCAAUAUGAUUGUCCCAAAUGCCAAUUUAAUGGGACUUCAAGAUCAAUUCAAUAAAAUGAACAUAUCAUCACUACAGCCAUAUGCAAUGCAACACCCUUCACUUGUACAACCAUUCAAUAUUAGAACAAUGGUAGAUGCGAACAACAAACAUGCUGAAACAAUCACAGCGCAGCAAACACAACGCAACAAUGAUCGAUCAAUGCUUGAGGUAUUUUUUGAAAACAACUUAACAUUUUUAGAUUUUGAGUAUAGUGAAGAAUUUAUUGGUUUUACUAUGUUAUUUUGUUUGUAAUUCAGUUACAAAUAAUGUUAGAGACCUGUAAUUUUCACUGAAUAGUUAUAUUAUAUAUAUAUAUAAUAUUAGUCCUUUAUAAACUUGGCAUAAUUUUAAAAACAAUUGGGAAUUUUUAAGGCAUUUGAAAUUUUUGAAUUUUUAUUUAAAUUUUGUUUUAGCUUCUUAAUUGUUCUUAUAGUAAUACACAGAGUGGUGAUCAAUCCAUCGUAAGACACUCAUUAUCUAUAAAAUUAUUACAUUUUUUUGGAAUUUGUUUUUUAGCACAUUUAAGAAAUAAACAGUUCUUUAAUUUUAUUUAUAUUUGUGUUUUAUUUCUAUUAUUUUUUUUUUUGUCCUUAUUUUUAGAGGUAAAAUCUUUUGAUCUUAAAAUGGCCACCUAUAUUAAAAAUUUCAUAAAUAGAUGGAAUAUUAGUUGAAGUAAAUUCAAGUGCUGACAUUUUUAAUUUCUGACAAUUUGUUGAUAAGAUAAUCCACUUUUAAGUUUGUUUGAGAAGUGCAGUGGCGUUAUGUGGCUGCACAGUGUUAAUUGUAUAAUAUUGAAAAUCCGUAGUUGAUAAUUUUUUUAAAGCAUUCAAAGUUCAAAUUUUCAUUGAAAUCAAUAUUAUUAAAUGAAAAGUGUAUACAAAUUAUUUAGCCUGUAAAAUGCUUGUAAAUUGACAUAAUUUUACUAUGUCAUACUUAGGAUAAAAAAAAAAAAAAGGUUUAAUUUAUAUAUAAUUUUACUCAUAUUGGUUUUUUUUUUUUUUUUUUUUUAUCAAGAAAUAUAUUACAAUUAUGUUUAUUUUCUUAGGGUAUGUUACCACAUAACAUGAGUGUAGAAGAAAUGAUGAGUUCUCAGACUAAGCAAGUUGAAUGGUUAAAAUUUCUUACAGAUAAUGGUGGUUCUUUAAUGGGACAAAAGUAUGUGUAUAGUUUUUCUUGUCAAAUAUUUCAAAAUAUAUUAAUUACAAUUAUUUUUAGGUUUAUUGAGCUAUUGCGGUCUCAAUCACAGUUUAAAAAGUCACCUAUACAACAGCCACCCCCACUUCAACAACCACCACCAAAUAUGUCAUUGCCAAUGAAUGUACCACCUCCAGAGAUUGGAAAUAGAGUUCCUGACGAUUUAUUUAAUAUUUUGAUUCAACAGAAUCAAAAACAUCCAAUUAAUCAUAAUGGUUAUGGAAAUUCUUCACAGGUAAAUUUAAGUUUAUAUUUACAAGUAUAUGUUUAAACUAAAUUUAAAAAAUUGAUUACAGGGGGUUCCACAUUUAGAUGGUGGUGGAACUUCAGAGGAUAUGUAUAAACCAUCAUUAGGUAAUCAGUUUGCACUUGGUCAACAACAAACAACUAUUGAUCAAAUUGAUCGUACACCAUUAUAUAAACGACAAGCACAAUUACAAUCUAAUGGCAACAUAAUGUUACCAAUCAAUGGUGAACGUCAUGUAUUGUCUCCUCAGUAUCAGAGUAUGUCAUCGUAUGCAGAUGCUUGUAGACAAUCGCCAAUGGUUGAUGAACGCAAAAAUUCUGUGGAUGCGCAGUUUGCCAAUGAUCCACAGUGCAAUAAUGCGUUUUAUAAUUUUUUUUAA